UGUGGUGGAGAAAUCUUCAUGGACAUUGAGGCCCAUCACGUUGAUGUCUGGAGCUGGGGCAGCAGAUCUAAAAGGUCUCCACAGGCCACGCUGGUUUGUUUUUAAUUUGAUGUCCUAUGGUAUUUUUGAUGUGCACAGGCUAAAGCCCCUCCAGGUGACAACACUGAGACAAAGGGACACCAGCUGUCCUCACGCUGGGCUUGCUGUGCAGCCACGGCCCUCAGGCUUUGUCAUCGGGCACGGGGUUGCUUCAGGUCUUCUCACCCUUCGUGUUCCGUGUGCCGCAGCUUCAUGCUUGUGUCUUUUCCUGGCUAAUUGCCCAUGAACCUGGGAGCUUCAUUUCUUCCCAAAGGGUCAUCUUGGCCAGCGCGGUUGGUGGUGCCGUGUUCAAGGCACGGUUGACAGCUCAGAGAUGAGGGAGAGCUGGAAUUCUAAGUAUUGAAAAUAGAUCCUGUUUCGUAAUUUUUGAAAUGGCAAUUUUUGUUUGUGACAUGCAGGCUGAAGUCUAUCUGUAUGCCGGUGGCUGCUGGUGUGAAGAAUGGUUGUAGUUAGCGUGUAAUGUUACCAGUACAGGAGCAGUCCUGCGUAUUUAGUGUCCUGGGCAUUUUGUGGAGAAAACAGAGAUUCUGCGGGAAGUAGGAUAUUCUACUUUGACAAUGAUUUAAGGAAAAACAACACCCAAACUGUAAUUGGAGCAAUUUUGCCUUUCUGUCGUUGCCAAAAUUAGUGAUAGUCUUUACUGCUGGCAUGAUGUAGAAAAUUAUCAUUUGGAGAAUGGUGGUGUGAAAUCUAGAAAUAUAAUUAAUUCCAAGGCAGAGGAAGAAUUUUGAUUCUAAUUGCAACCUGUGGAGUCACUCAUCCUACCUCCUGUGCCAAGCAGGAGCUGGGACUGCUGCCUGUUACAGAUUCAGCUCCUGCAUUCGACAUUUGGCAAGACUGGAGGCAACUGGGACUUCUCAAGGUACUUGCUGCUUUCUGUUGGAAGCAAGGCACAUGUACUGUAUGAGUCUUUUCAGAGCGUACAUGAUGGUUCAGAGGUGUUGGGUGGGAAUUCCCAACCCGUUCAGCUGGAUUUUGGGAUUCUUUGUUCCCUUCAAAUUUGUGGUCCUGUCUGUUCCCCCAUUGAGGCCUUUGCCCUCUCUACCCCACUCCAGCCAUAACCUUUCUGCUUUUAGCAAAUAUCAGAGGAGGUCCAUAUCUGGUUAGAGAGUCCUGUGGGAAUGAGGUGAGGUCCUGGGCAGGGAGGUUGCCAAGGGGUACCUGAGUGCAUAAGGAGCCAAACUAGAGCCCCGCUCUCGCCCUUGGGUGCCAUUCAGGAUGUUUCUGCCGAUGUACGAGGAAGCUCUGCCCUGUACCGUGCUCUGCCUGGCGAAAAAGAGCUGCUGGGAGGCUUUUUGAGAGGUCAGGAGCCAUUCAUGUUUGGCAGAUGGCGGAAUUGGUGAGCCCUGCGAUGGACUUGGUCAGAUGAAUGGUGUCAGUAUGCAGUCUACGCUGUGUCUUUGGGGUAAUCGUAGGGACUUCAGACAGCGCUGUCAAAACCAAAAUAUUUAUUUGAAACCGUUUGCGAGUAUCACUGUAAUGGUGCAAUCCUCGGUAUGGGAAUUUGGUGAUAGAUGCCGUGACUCCUGUAUCCUCUUCCUCUUCGUGUUGCUGCCUUUGUGAGUGCAAGGAGUGACCUGAGCAGCUCUGCUCCCCGCUGCUGAAAGUGCUCCUGGACCCAGGCCCGGCGGAGGAGAGGGACAAGAUGUUGAUGCCUCGAUGUUGAGAUGUUGGAUCUGCUGGGGCACAGUGUGGGCACUGUCAGAAGGCUCGCAGGUGGACUUACCUCUCUGAGCAGAGGGGCAUAAUGGAUGGAGAAAGUAAACGCAAAGCGCUGAAGUUAAAUUUUGCAAAUCCACCUUUCAAGUCCACAGCAAGAUUUACUCUAAACACUUCUGGAGUUCCUUUCCAAAAUCCACACAUAGAGAGACUGAGAACACACAGCAUUGAAUCAUCAGGAAAAUUGAAGAUUUCCCCUGAACAACAUUGGGAUUUUACAGCAGAGGACUUGAAAGACCUUGGAGAAAUUGGACGAGGCGCUUAUGGUUCUGUCAACAAAAUGGUCCACAAACCAAGUGGGCAAAUUAUGGCAGUUAAAAGAAUUCGGUCGACAGUGGAUGAAAAAGAACAGAAGCAGCUUCUGAUGGACCUUGAUGUAGUAAUGCGAAGCAGUGACUGCCCAUAUAUUGUUCAGUUUUAUGGCGCGCUCUUCAGAGAGGGUGACUGUUGGAUCUGUAUGGAGCUCAUGUCUACCUCGUUUGAUAAGUUUUACAAAUAUGUAUAUAGUGUAUUAGAUGAUGUUAUUCCAGAAGAAAUCCUAGGCAAAAUCACUUUAGCUACUGUGAAAGCACUAAACCACUUAAAAGAAAACUUGAAAAUCAUUCACAGAGACAUCAAACCUUCCAAUAUUCUUCUGGACAGAAAUGGAAAUAUUAAACUCUGUGACUUCGGCAUUAGCGGACAGCUUGUGGACUCCAUUGCCAAAACGCGGGAUGCAGGGUGCCGACCAUACAUGGCGCCUGAAAGGAUAGAUCCCAGUGCAUCCAGGCAAGGCUAUGAUGUCCGCUCAGAUGUCUGGAGCUUGGGAAUCACAUUGUACGAGCUGGCCACAGGGCGAUUCCCCUACCCCAAGUGGAACAGUGUGUUUGACCAGUUGACACAAGUAGUAAAAGGCGACCCACCACAGCUGAGUAACUCAGAGGAAAGGGAGUUCUCCCCAAGUUUCAUCAACUUCGUCAACUUGUGCCUUACAAAGGACGAGUCCAAAAGGCCAAAGUACAAAGAGCUCCUGAAGCAUCCCUUCAUCCUGAUGUAUGAGGAACGCACAGUGGAUGUUGCAUGCUAUGUUUGUAAAAUCCUGGAUCAAAUGCCAGCAACUCCCAGCUCGCCAAUGUACGUCGAUUGAUAUUGCUGCUACAUCAAACUCUAGAAAAAGGGCUGAGAGAAAACAAGCUGUAAAGAAUUUUCAUCACAUAUUGCAGUGUUUUUAAUGCUCGCCCCAGACACCAUGUGCAAUAAGAUUGGUGUUAUUUCCAUCCUGUCUGUAUACUGUUGUCACAUAUAAAGUGCAUCCCUGUAAUACCUGAUCACACAGUGUUAGUGUUGGUCAAAGAGAGACCUCAUCUUGCUCUUUUGUGGACAUAUUCAUGAAAUGUGGAAAUAAGUACAUUUAUUUGUUGACCGUGAUUGGAUAGCACCUAAAAUUCAGUUCUAGACUCAAAACUUGGAGACUUCUCAGCAGCUACUGGAAAGAUUUUUCUCUCAAACUUCCAAUUGUUGUUUAAAGUAAUAAUAAAAAGCAAACAAACAAAAGCUAGGCGUUGUCUGUAUGAACAUUAAGAGACUUUGCCUGGAGGGAGAAGAACUUGCUUAACCAACGAGAUGCUUUGCCUUCUGGAGCUGGAAAGGCAAAGGAGAAUUUUAUUCUUCACAAAGUGCAAUAGAUUUACUGCUAUGAAAUUCUGUUGCUUUACAGUCGCAGUGUACUUUCUGGGGACAGUGUGCUCAGCUGAACUCCCUGUUAAAGAGAGAUCAUGUUAAAUAUAGUGAAUAUGUCUUUACCAAAAAUAUGUUGCGUUGGGAGAGGCUAACAUUAAACUAUUCAGAGAUGGGACAUAAUGUAUUCUUUCUCCUUUUACCAAGCCAGCCACUCUUCUCUCUUAACUAGGUGUCCUGUAAAUUGUUACCUGGUAAGAUAAGACCUUUGACCUGAAGAAUUAUUAAACUACUCGAUUGAAUUUAACCUGCUUGAGACCUGGUUUAUAGCUGCACAAUGCUCACCACCAGCCGGCUUUGCUUUGGCUUCGACGAGUGCCAUUCCUAAAGCCUGCAGCUGUUUUAACCAGCCACAAACGAAUAUCCGAUUUCUAGCCAGUGUUUCUCAUGUUCUUCGCUGGCCCCAGCCCUGAUGCCAGCGCCUUUUCACUGGCCCCAAGACCAGCCCGGCCUCCACCACCCUGGCCAGGGUCCCUCGCAAGACCAAACCUCGGCGCUUCCUCCUCACCCCAACAAGCUGGGUGGUGGGGAUGGGCCUCUGCACCCCCGCUGCUGCAAAUGUCACCCUGCUGAGCUUGCCGGAGACCUUCACCACCUUUUGGGCAUCUUUAGCCUCUUCUGUGACCCCUCUGUAGCUCUUGUUACUGCACCCUAGAGUGAACCUCGCUGAGAUGGUUCGGGGCAGGUAGGGAUGAGGUGGCGAUGAGGGAGCAUCCAAUGCCCCUGUGGGCCUUUAGCUGACCCAGCAAGGCCAGAGCUGUUAUCUGGCCCUCUGCUGAGCAAAAAAGCACAUCAGUCGUGGUCUUUUUUUAAAUUGGCAUAUUUUUCAAAGAUCAAUAUUUCCUGAAAACUUUUUCCCCCCCAAAACAUUGCCAUUUUCAGGCAUUUAGUAGCAUACCAGGGAUAAAAUGGAGGCUGCAGGGUCUCUGAUUUCCAUUUUGUGUUGUCUAGUUUAGGCACUUUGGUAGGACUUUCAUCAAUGUUAGAGCAACCUGCCAAAGCUUUGUGAUGAAACCAGACCCCAGAUGCAGAGGGCUAGAGAUGCAAUGGGAGUGAAAACACAGCGGUACUGGCAGCUUCCCAAGGAAGGGGCUUCCCACAUCAAACCAAUGCUAUCAAGCGCGAACUGGGCUGAUGUGGGAGCACUGGAGACUGGCACAUCCCUGCCCCAGCUGCUGGGUUGGGAAAGGAGAGAGCCAAGGCUGUGCUUCUGUGGACUCCGGUGCUUCUCCAGCCCUAGAGGUGGCAGCUUCGUGGCACUGGGCAUCUCCCACCUGGCCAUCGGAGCUGGUCCCUCUGGCACCAAGCCAGACCCUGAUGUGAUUCCCUCGGGGCACAGGCCCCCUGCCCUCUCUGGGUUAUGUUCCUUCGGGGCCACUGGCCAGGUGAGGCAGUCACUAAAGUCUUCCCAAAACGGACAAGGCAGAGCUUGCUGAAGUUGCUACUCAUUCCUAACGAUGCCGAUUAAGCGUGUGGCAGGAUCAGUUGAACAAGAUACGUAGCGUAGCUAAAGCAGUAAUUCUCGCCCUGCCCCGUAGCCUCAGUAAGCUCGGCUUUUCUCAGGCUUGGUAAAUCCCUGCAGCUGUGGUUCAUCUCACGACCUCCAGCCACCCGUAUGGAGCGCCAGGUCUCACAGGGCGCUGGGGCACUAAGGAGGCAUGGAUCCCAUAAGGACAGAGGCAUGCAGAGUGCUCUGCCUCCACCCCCACCUUUCAGACAUUAAAGUCUGAUCCACGUCUCCCUAGUGAAAGGGAGCCCAAACACCUUUCGGAGUGCUUACACUGAGAUGGAUCCUCCCAAAAAACGGUUCCCCUCCGACAGCUGCCUUACUCUGCACUUCCAGCACAGCUGGGGUCGCGCUCCGCAGCCAAUCCUGCCUGGAGCUCGCCUUCGGCAGCGCAACCAGUUUGCUUUUGGCGGAUGGGAAUGGGAACGCACAGCUUUGAGCUGCCAGUGGCGAAGCCAGGGCCAAGGUGCUGUGGCGUGGGUGGCUGUACAGGAGAGGUUUAGCGCAUUAAACGUAGGUUAUUAUAAACUAUUAAUGGUGCACCUUUUAUUACAGUUUAUUAAAAAAGAAAAAAAAAGGUGUAUAGUGUUCAGAAGCUGUGAAAAUAGUGUAAGAACUGUACAUUGUGAAC